UGAUUCUGAGCAACAUUCUCUCUAAGUUGUGCUCAGUGUCUGCAAUUAGCAAAUGGCAUGGCAGCAGUUCUGGAAGUUGCUGCUUCAUAGGGACCUCAGAGGCCCUUGCAGCAACGAGGAAAUUUAGAGGGAAUGGUGAUCCUGAGAUAAGCUUUUGACCUCAUUUGUACCAUCUCUAAGAUUCUGAUUUCUACCUCUAACAUCACUCAAAUUUUCAAAGUUCAUUUGCUGCUGGAAACGUCAUCAUGUCUUUGUUAGUUUGAAGGCUCUUGCCUUAAAACAACAGUUCUUGCAUUGAACUGUGAAAGCUUUCCAUGGUAUGAAUAUUAUGACAUUUUCUUACAAUGACCUACUUUUCUUUCAUAGUGUCCUUAGACGUAUGAUCACUCUUAUCUCAGAACUGGCAAUUGCAAUGGGAGAAAAUCAAGCACUUCAGGUUCAAACUGAUAAUACUAAUAAUGCUGCCAAGAGGUACAUGGAGGAAAAUGAAGAACUGAAAAAGGCUUUAAAUAGAGGUAAAGAUGAUGGAAAUAAGAAACUGGAAGAGGAAAAUAAUCAGCUGAUUAAAGAAAUCAAGGAACUAAAGGUUGAAUUAAAGAAAACCACAGAAGCCCUUGAGAAAUCAAAGAUUGAAAUGGCUUCAAUCAAAAAACAAUAUGAUGGACUGACUAGGGAAUAUGACCGACUUCUGCAGGAGCAUGACAAGAUGCAGAGUCUUGUUGACACCACUGAUAAGAAGAGCAACUAAACUGCAAAAAGUAUUCCCUUGUGCCUUUGGAUAUCAUCUGUAACAACAGAAUAUUUGUAUUUGUUUGUUUCCUUAACAGCAUAAUGAAGCUAAAAGUGAAGUGAGUCAGUAUUUAUAAAAAAAGUAAAUUGAUGGUUAUUUUCAGUUUGUUGUGCAUCAUUCCACUAAUACAUCAAAAAUGGGAAUAUGGACGACACAGUAAUUGGAAUAUGGCUCAUUCACAUCUGAUAUCUGCUGGAAAUGCAAUGAACCUGCAUAUGUGUGCAUUUACAUACCUGACCUUGAAGUAACAUUUUCAUACAGCUGUUUUCCCAAGUUGAGUUUCUUUACCACAUAUUUGAGAUGCCAUCCCUUUUCAAAUUCUAAUUACCCAAAUCCAAUGCCAUAUAUAGGACCCAGUCAAAUUCUUCAUGCAAGAGGUUUUGACCAAAGAGGUAUGUGUGCCAUUAUCCUGAUUUCCUCCACUUUGUUUGGACCUACAUUUGUACACCACAAGCUUUGUGACUUUGUUAUCAUUAAAGAAAGAGGAGGACACCUUUUGUCCCCUUUUUACAAUGUUUCUGUAGAACUGUAACAAUGUUAACAUCCAUCAGAGCCCAGAGGUACCACUAUAAAUCAUUGGUUGGGAUAGAUGGCUCUUCUGUUUUCCAGACAAUACCUUGUGAAUAUUCACAAAGCAGUACAAAAUCAUAAUACUAUACUUGGCACAUUUACUACAUGUCUUAAUUUGUUUAUGUUGUAUCUCGUAUGUUUAAGAAUGUCACUAUCUAAAAGCAAUAGAUAGCAACAAGGCAAUCUUUUCAUGUGCGUUGCUGAACUUUUUUUAUUCGUUCCAUUCUCUCCAGAAUAGAAAGGAGACCCUUGAGUAAUGACGAUAUUUACAGAUAAAUUACUUAUAUCUGUUGUUGCAAUUUGUUUUGCACAUAUGGUACCCAAAAACCCUCGGCAUGCAAGAAGAUGUGUCUAACAUGAGCAACUUAAAAUUAAUCUUUCUUGGGCUGAGUGAUUGUUUAAUGUUAGUCAGGGGACAUGGUUCUUUAACGGUAAGUGUGUUAAAGCAGCUUCUUGUGCUGGGCUUUGUCCUGAAAUUUUUGGCAGAUAAUCCAGAAAUGGAUAUGGGAAAACAAAUAUCACUGUACUGUGAAAAUUUAGUUUGGAGUUCGAUCUCUUGAACUGAAAAGUUAGUAAUUAUAAUAAUGUGAACACAUAGUUAAUUUCCCUGUUGGAAUCAAUGUGUUGAACUCUUAAAAAAAAUCUUUGCAAAUCCCAUCAAUUAAUGUUACUUUCACCCAGAAUUGUUCUGAAAAGUUCAAAAUAUCUUGACAGAAUUUUGUUUACAAAGUUCAGGUUGGGGCUUCCCACUGGGUGUAAAUAUAAAUUAAGUCAAUGCACUGAAAAGUUCUUCGCCAUCACAUACUUAUUGUCUCCUGCCAUCAUAGACUGUAACAGGUCAAACAAAAAACAGAUUUGAUGCUUUUGUUUGAAAUAUAAAAUCAAUAAAACUAUAAAUUAUUUUCAUGA